CUUUCAGACAGACCGGCCGGACCGUCUGUUUACUCCGCACAGCACACGUCCUAAACUUGGAUCUAAGCUUUAAUUAAUGCAAAGUAAAAAUUUGCACUUAUUCGAUCAAACAUUGUAUUAUUUUUUGCAUUGCAUUUUUGUGCAAGAAGAAACGCUUGUGGAGACAAGAAUCAUCUAUGGACACUAAUGAAGACUUCUGUCAUUAGACUAUGAUCUCAGUCUAAACAUUUUUGCUGUAGUUUUCUUUUUGCUCUUCUUUUCUUUCACUGGUUUCCUACCUCCUUCGUUACAUGAAACAAUGCGUGUGAUUGUAUUAUCUGCCGUUAUUUUGUUCUACAUCAGAUCCGUGGUCUGUGCUGAGCCCAAAUCUAAAGCCUGCUCUGCACGCUGUGAUGUGAGCGCGUGCCCGAGCCCGAGCUGCCCGAGCGGUUACGUGCCGGACCGCUGCGGAUGCUGUCUUGUGUGCGCGGGUGCCGAGGGUGAAUCGUGCGGCCGCGCGCACGACCUGCCUUGUGGAGACGGGCUAGAGUGCAAACAUCCAGCAGGGAAACGGCUCUCUAAAGGUGUGUGUCAGUGCCGCUACGGAGCCAAGGUGUGCGCCAGCGACGGCAACACGUACGCUAACGUGUGCCAGCUUAAAGCCGCGAGCCGCAAAGCACAGCAGCAAGGCCUGCCGGGAUUGAGCUCUGUGCACAAGGGCUCGUGCGAUAGUGGCCGAGGUCCCACACACCCCAACAGCCCAAGGUAUAAAUUCAACUUCAUUGCUGAUGUGGUGGAAAAGAUCGCUCCAGCUGUGGUUCAUGUGGAACUCUUUCUAAGCCACCCGCUGUUUGGCCGGACUGUACCUCUGUCAAGUGGCUCAGGCUUCGUGAUUUCAGAGACUGGCCUGAUUGUAACUAAUGCUCAUGUCGUGUCCACCACAACGCCUGUGUCAGGACAUCAACAGCUUAAAGUACAGAUGCACAAUGGAGAUGUACAUGAUGCUACAAUUAAAGACAUUGACAAAAAGUCUGACAUCGCCACCAUCAAAAUCAAUUCACAGAAAAAACUGUCAGUCUUGUUGCUUGGUCACUCGGCAGACUUGCGGCCUGGGGAGUUUGUGGUUGCCAUUGGGAGUCCGUUUGCUUUGCAGAAUACGGUGACCACAGGAAUUGUCAGCACGGCUCAAAGAGAUGGCAAAGAACUGGGUAUCCGGGACUCUGACAUGGACUACAUCCAGACUGAUGCAAUUAUAAAUUAUGGGAAUUCAGGCGGCCCCCUUGUCAACCUCGAUGGGGAAGUGAUUGGAAUCAACACCCUCAAGGUAGCAGCGGGGAUCUCCUUCGCCAUUCCUUCAGACAGAAUAACGCUCUUCCUCAAUGACUCCAUGGGGAAGCAAAGCAAAGAACUGAGAUCAGUAAAGAAGCGUUUCAUUGGAAUCCGCAUGCUCACUAUAACUGAAGCUCUUGUAGACGAGCUGAAACAGCUAAACCCAGACUUCCCUGAUGUUAUCAGUGGAAUCUACAUCCAUGAGGUGGUUCCUCACUCUCCUGCACAAAAAGGGGGAAUAAAGGAUGGCGACAUAAUUGUAAAGCUGAACGGCCGGCCGUUAACCAGCACCAGUGAACUGAAGGAGGCAUUGAUGGAGGACACAGCUCUGCUGCUGGAAGUCCGGCGAGGCAACGAUGAUCUGCUUUUCAACAUCGAGCCUGAUGUUAUUAUGCAGUGACACAUGUAAGCACCUUACCAUUUGCUCUGGUAAUGCAGGGACAAACAGGAGAACAUGGUUGGCACACCAGCAGCCACAAGCAACAGCCAAAGCCUUUAACACCAUGAGCCUUAAAAAACACAACUGAGUAAGAUUUUCCCUGCUGUGUUUUUUUGCCAAAAUACUGUACAUAUAUAUGGUUGGGGAUUAAACAUCUUGUAUUAUUUAGUUUCUGGUGAAUAAGGAAAUGUAUAGUACUGUACUUUUUUUUUUUUUAAGACAAUGCUGAUGAUAUUAAAAAACAGCUAGAUUUGUGCCUGAGACCAUUCCAUAUGCCAGGGUGAAACAGAGUGAGUGAUGUACCUGGUACCUGUAGACAUCACAGUUAAAUAUAAAAAUGAAAUGAAAUGGAAUGCAUUAGCGAAAUGUUGUAUAAAAUGUGACAUUUUAUUGCUGUUCACUUUAUAACUGUUUUUUGAUGAUUGAUAUCUACUUUUGUAGCAACUGUAAGCAAUUUUCUGUUUAAGUCUGUUUAAGUCAAAAUGUUUACAAUUGUGUCUGCUGGUUCAUACCAAUAAAGGCAUAAAUUCUGAACAUCAUGUCUGCCA